GGUGUUAAAGUGAGCUAGUAUUCUAGCUCACUUGAGCGGUGUUCAGUGGGGCGGCCGUCAAAGACGCUUGUGUUCGUACCGAAGGAGGACAGUAAAAUCAGAGGGUAGAGCAGCGCUUUCCUGGCUCAUGUUUCAGUCAUAAUUUUUUUAGGAGGCUUUGCCUUGGCGUUAUGUGCAGUUUCCCUUCUCAAGUGGUAGCAGGUGUUCUGUGGUGGUAGUAUCACUGUGGUAGUAUGUAGGUGUUCUGUGGUAGUAUGUAGGUGUUGUGUGACCACGCACGGAACGUCGCUCCUAGCCCCUUGUAGUAGCAGACGCGUAUCGGAAAUUAAUGGUGAAUUUACAUGCGUUUACACGCUUCGUCUGUGACUGAGCGGAUGGAGCGCGGAAAAAACACGAGUGAGCCGGCGGUCCCAAGACGUCCUCAUCGGGCGAAGCGCUCAACGCCGCACGCCCUGGUCCAGACGCUGCGCGCCAGGUUCGAGCCGGACGGGAAGACGACGGGACGUGAAUCAGGAGGCGUGGUUUGUGACCAGCGAACGUCGGUCCUCGAGCGGGUGCAGCAAUUCGAUGCACUGAACGAUAGAAUGCUGCGGCCGGCUGCGCCGCUCAAGCCUCCGCGGACGUUCGUUCACGACAUCUACACCAAGAUGAAGUGGCGCGCCUGGCGUUCGACGGCCGACGACUCCGUGGUCGCCCGCGACUAUGACGAGGUGUGCAUGCGGCGCAGCCGGAGUGACGAACACAUCUACGCGGAACCCGGUGCCAGUCGCAGCAGUGCGGAGCCGCGGGAGCUACACUACAUGAGCUCUCCAAUAUCCAAUGUUGUACAAGAUGGGGCACUUCCACUAGGAGUGCAGCGGGGUGUCACAUCCCAGAUUAGUGAUGCUAUCCGGCAGUCCUUCACAAUGGCCUGGCAGCAGCUGUCUCAGAAGCAGAAGCCGGAUGAUGGUGACACACAGAAGGACACCAGCAGCGAGGUCUCCAUCAAGGACGUCCAGAAGAGGCUUAUAUAUGUCCGCUCUAUCAGAAGGGGAUACACAUACAAUGCAUCAUGCGAAGGUUGUCAAGAUGGGACGGAGAAGCUGUUUGACUUUGUGCUGCUCAUUGGCUACCGGUGCGUCAACCCCAGCAUGUCCCCCCAGCCCGAUGUGCUGUACUCUUUUCCCAAGGAGACAAGCUGUCCUGGCUAUGACCCUGUAGUGAUUGCUCAUCUUUGUAUGCCUGAAGAUUUCAGCUCCCAGCAUGCUACGUCACACAAAAGGUGCGUGUUCUUCUUUACACUAGUCCGUGAGAAUGGCGAGAAGACAUUUUUCCACUGCCUGCAGACAUCGCAGGUCUUGCAGAGCAGGAUGAUGCAGAGUCCUGUGGUGCUGUGUCUGGCAUCGAGAGCAUCAGCACCAGCCUUCUACCACAAGCUGCUCAUGGACAUGGAGGCUCCCCUGCAGCAGCUGUUGGAGCCAGGCUGGACGCAGCUGUUGUCCUCACUGGCUGAGAAAAGCCUGCCCCUGCCUGGUUGCUAUCUCUUAUUGGGUCAUGGAGAUAUUGCCACUACCCGACCUCUCGAUGACAAAUUUGAGUGGGCACAACUGACACCAUUGCUUGCAGUGCUGGAGCCGCCCGUGCUACUGAGGAUUGUGUCAUCGCUCAUCCUUGAGAGGAGGAUUAUUCUUGUCUCAGAAGACAGCAGGUUGGUGCGAAGCUGGCUCGAGUCUGUGGAGUGCCUGACUUACCCAUUUCGGUGGCCGCACGUGCGGGUGGGACUGCUACCAAAGAGCCUGCUGGCCCUAUGCUCCUCAGCUGAACCAUACUUGCUCGGGGUGCAUGCUACUAUGGCCCACACUGCACUUGAGCUGCUUUCGGGACCGGUGCUGGUGGUGGACGUUGAUCACGGUACCUUGUUGUGUGAGGAUGAAGACAAUGUUGACGUCAUUCCGAACAAGUUGCGGAACUCUCUUUGCACUGCACUCAGCCUGGCCAAAAACAUGACCGAUCCAACGGGCUGUGUGCGGGACAUGAUGAUCACGGAGGCCUUCGUUCGUCUGUUUGUUGAGCUGGUAGGACAUUGUGACCAGCACAUCAUCAUGUCGGAUGAUCUCAAGGAAUCCACCUUUCAACGUGAUGCCUUCAUGCGCGCCCCGUCUUCACGAGGUGCCCAGAUGUUCCUGCAAUGGUUUGUCGAAACGGAGGCAUUUCAGCAGUUCCUCCGAGAAAGAACGCAACGCUUACGACAGCUGGCGCGCACUCCUCAUCACCACCUGUUGCCCAAAGGGCUAUUCGAGCGGCGGGCAGGCGAAUACUUGCUAGACCUUGAGCAGACCAACCGCUGUCUGGGGGACCUUGGCAGGAAGGUCAAGACAAUUGGUGAUGACCUGGCAACUGUUUCGCUUGUUGCAGCCUCGGGGCUGUCCCUCAGACGAACCUGGUCCAUGUGGUGCUGAGUAGCCGAGCUGAGGUCUCAAUGGUCAUCAUACGGGCGCCGUUCAUUUGUUUGGUUGUGCCAGGUAGCCACUUCUUCCCAUCUCCGAAGUUCUGGGCCCAAACUGCGUCACCUGGACCAAAUCUGCAUGGAGUGUCAUUCAGCAAAAAUAAAGAAAAAGAC